GUGCCCCGGUUAUAUUUAUGUUAUAAGAUAUAUGUUAUUAUGCUGUGUGUAUUAUAUAUCUUUUUCUUCAUGCCGGUUUCCCUUGCGGGGUAUACGUAGAGGACCGAACGCCUUACAUAUAUUUUUCGCAUCAUCCACUUUCAUUACUAUUUUCAUACAUACAUACAUACUAGCCGGUUUUUAUGGUUUUUGACAUCACCUGAGAGCACGCGAUUGAUUUGAUCAUGAAAAGUGUGUCGUGGCCUUCCUCCGCUUCUGCAUCCUUCAAUUGUCGAGUUGUAUAUCAGUUUUAUCGUUCUCUCGUCCGGCAUUCUUUCUACAUGUCCCAGCCAAUGGAGCAUGUUUCUGUUGAUUUUUACACCGACGCUAUCUUUCGUCGAAGUCGAUCACCGUCACCGUCGAUCCAUUAUCUCGGCGGUAUGCCCAGAGUUCCUUUCGUACUACUCUGUCAAAUGCUUUCUAUAGAUCCACACAAUCGCAGAAAAGCUUCUGAUUAACGGCCUUCUCUACGAUGUUGCGGAGCGAGAAAACUUGAUCCGUGCAUCAUCUAUCCCCUUCCAUUUCUGAAUCCUCUCUGUGCCUCACACAGAAAUCGAUCGGAUUUCAUAAAUUUAUCUUUAGUUCUAAUACAUAUCGAAUGUAAUUCUUCCAUACAAGAAAAUAGUUUUUGGCUAAUUCUUUGAAAUAGUCGUUUAGAAUAAUAUUUUCUGUUCUCUUAGUUAUACUAGUGAUUAGUUAUUAUAUAAAAAAAAAAAAAAUGUUCGUGCUUCUAGAAUCAAAGUCCAUGUUUUAUUAAAUCGGGACCACGAUGCAACGCCGAAAUUAAUUAUAUCUUUGUCUUUAAAUUUUUAAUUCUAAUCAAAAAACACUUAAAAUACACAGCGUAGAAUGUACGGUUUACGAUUGCUGCACACAAAAUAUUUUUUACAGAAUAAUUUAUAUAUAAAAAAUGUAUUUCGUGAUUCUUACAAAUUGUUUACACAAUUUUAAAUCUUGAAUUCUCAUUAUCGAACACAGAUGACUCCAGGAGUGAAGCCAGAUUUCCCACCAAAAACAAUGUCGUUUGCGACGGUGAACCCUGUGGUAGCACCAAUUAUGCCCACCGUGGCCCGAGUACCAGCUGAGAUUGCACCACCUGUCAACUUACCUGUAAAACAGCGGCCUGGUCCGCCGGUGAACAAAGCUGGUGGUCGCAUCGUGCCAGUGAGCGGCGCCCUCGCAUCCGCUAGACGCGAUCCACGCCUCGCUCGACUAGUCGCCCCGCAACCUAUCGCACCCAACGUAUUCGAUAUGAGACCUCUCGAGCGGGUCACUAAACGCAAAAACGUUAUCACCAUCGAUGUCCGCCCCGAUGCUCCGCCCGUGCGACACCCGCGCGAUCCCCGUCGCCGCGAUCCGCGUCUUAACAAACGUGACGACCGCCAACAAGGACAACCGGAAACGCAUCCAUCCAUCCUCGAACGCCUCAUUGAAAUAAAAAGCAUCGAUAAACUCCCGCCGAUACCCAAAAUACGGCGAGAGCGAGAACCAGACGAGGAGCAAGCCGUCGUUCCUAAAAAGAAGAAAGACACUCGGCCUGCAGCCGACGCCAAUAAGGAAGCAGCAGAAGCGUCAAUGGCUGAACCGAAAGCGGCCCCCGUUGCCUUAAAGAGAUCAUCCGCAGAACUACUUGACGGCAAACCUAAGAAGACUAAAAUUGAUAAGUUCAAUGUUUUGUUCGGUAACGAAGAUGUUGAUCUUCGCCAGCUACCGCAAGGAGGACGACGGAUGUCGUUUAGAAAAUCGCCAAGUAUCGAAAGAGAACGAAGACGUACUACAAGAUUGAUUACAGAAGACACAGACUUGAGGGUAGAGAAUGGCAAAGAUUUCGGUGCAGAAGAUCAUAAAAAGUCCAUAUCUAUUAUUAUGAGUCAGGCUAAGAAACACUUUACGGACGGUCAACUUGAUAAAAAUCAGUACAACACUCUAAUGUAUCAAGUGCUACAACUCAAAGAGAAAUUACAACUUAAAGAGGCUAAGCAGAGGGAAUCAUUGGAAGUAUCGAAACGAAAAGUCAAAGCUCAAAUUCAAGAAGCCAAUCACAAAACACCUAGUCGAAAGACGUCCCCUAAUACAUUAGGUGAUAUCGAUGAAAGAAUCACACCACCCGCAUUUUUUGAUACUCCUCUGGAUUAUCAAAGCUAUAUGGCAACUGAUUCAGUGAUGAGAGUAAACUCAAUGCCCCUGUUAGAUACAAUCGAUGGACCCAAACAUGGUCUGUUGCCUAUCCCACCAGCGAUACCGCAGAAUGGACCGCACCCAUUCCCUCCUGCUUGGAGAGGGCCGCGACAGCGAACGGAAGAGUAUGUGCCUAGAAGAUUCCGAGCACCGGGUCCACCGUACUUCAGAGGAAAGUUUGAUAAGCGAGGUGGCGUUUGGCCGCCGUUUGAUCCCCGGCCAGCUUUACCUCCUCUGCCAACACCUAAAAUUGGAAUGUGCCAAGGACAGUGCCCUCUGCAACCUUAUGAGAGAAUUUCUAAUCCACCACCGCUCGGUGUCACCGACGUUAUCGUACCACCCACCGACUUCAAUGUCCUGGAAUAUAUUGAUCAAGAUCCUUUCAGAACUAUACAGAUCGAUGGUAUCGCUCGAGAGAUUAGAUUUUAUGGAGACACCGCGAUUAUUAUGAUGGAUUGGGACGAUCCACGCGAAAUAAGGUUUUUACCUGGACGUAGAAGAGUCACGUUCGACAACAAGGACUCUAUAGUUUUAUCUUUCAAUGAGGGAUACAAAAAGGUUGAAAUCGAUGACCAAGUGUUUGAUAUUAAAUUUGGUGCUCCAACUAGAGAGCUGUACAUAAACGGGAGGUGGUUUGAGUGUAUCUUUGGUGGACACCAACCUUUAGGUGUCAUCAUUGACGGAAAGCCUAGGUUGGUGCAUUUAGAAGGACCGCUACCUCAAGUGGACAUAAGUAAGACAAAACGGACUGAUCUUGUUGCCGGAAAAAUCAACCUUAUAGUGAAUGCUGUUCACAUAUGCCCGGUGUAUUUGGACGCUAAAGUGCAGAAGUUCCAAAUCGAUGGCAAAUUGUUUACUCUUCGUUUUGUGGACUCAUUUAGGACCGUCUUGAUAAACGAGCAGCCUUUCGAGGUAGAGUUUGAUGAUUUGCCAAGACCUAUACGCGUGGGUGACGUGAAAUAUUUUAUUAGAUUUUCGGCUUUGCCGAAAUACGUAAAGCCUGGUUUGUCAAAAGUCGCUAAUAUGGAAGGAUCGUCGGUGCUGUCGCCGCUAGAACCGGUAGUCAGCUUUGAGAACAUUCACGACCAGAAACCUCUCUUUGCCACGUCGGAAAAGAUUCCAGGCCUAGAAACUCGCUCCGAAGAAAAAUCCCCCGAAAAUAUCUUACCCAUACUCGGCAAUAAUAUCAAUGUGAACGACUUGUUCGCUAAGCUAGUAGCGACGGGCAUCAUUCAAGUACCAAAUGAAUCAAAAAAAGGAGAGAAAGCAUUACCAACAAAGACCGAAGAACUAAUGAAACCUAAGCCUAAAGAAGAUAAGAAUGUCAUACACAGAGUUGAUCUUUUGAAGCCGGAAACUUUGAGAGUAAAGCAACCAGGUCUAGUAGAAAAACUGUACGCCGGCAUGCAAUGCUCCGGGUGCGCGACGCGUUUCCCUCCAGAGCACACUGUGCGGUAUUCCCGACAUUUGGACUGGCACUUCAGACAAAACCGAAGAGACAAAGACUCCGCGCGAAGGGCACAUUCUAGACGCUGGCACUACGAUCUAUCCGAUUGGCUGCAGUACGAAGAGGUCGAACAUCCGGAAGAAAGAGAAAAGAGUUGGUUUGAAACGGGCGGGGCGAUCUCUACCGGAGGCGACGGGGCCGAGGUCCCGAGCGUGGCGGCCGGAGCGCUCGCCGCCCAUCACUGUGCCCUGUGCGGUGACGCCUUUCAGCAGUUCUACCACGAAGACGAGGAGGAGUGGCAUCUACGCAACGCUGUACGUCACGAACACAACAACUACCAUCCGAUGUGCCUCGACGACUACAAGUUGUCGUUAACGAAGAAUGUGACACCAGCAGAAGAGUCAUUAGAUGAUGUGGAUGAAGAUACCGAUUCACAGUCCGACAGCGAGUCUGUAGUGGAGGUUAUUGAACCGAUGAUCGAGGAACCUGAACCGGUUGAAAUCGAUAACGAAGGCGAUGAAGAUGACGUGAUAUACAUAGCGGAGCCAGUAGAGGAGGUGUUGGUUGAGGAUGACGCGGACACGGAUGAUGAGACGGUCGCCACGCGGGCUGAACGCGAUCGUCUCGCUCAGAUAGACUUCUCCGGGAUCAAGCCCGUGAUCACCGCUGAAGAGUGGUCUCCCCCUCCCGUUGUGGAUACCACACAGGCUUCGGUCCAAUCGUCUUUGGACGGCAACACACAGUUGGAAGUGGCCACAGUACGAGCUCCGCCAACCGCUAUCAGGAUCAAUAUCUCCAAAACCGUCCCCACUUUACCGGAACGUAGACAAGAGGUAGAGAAGGACGAGCCCCCGCCACCUGUCGAGGAACCAGAACCAGAACCGGAGUACACCAUGAAACCGCAACUCGUAGGGCUACAUUUAAGUAGACAACCGCCCGUUCAACGUGGAUCUGAGCUUUCUGGACUAUGCUCUAUUAUGUAA